GUCCGCGACGUCCUCGGGCGCCCCGGCCCCAUCGCGCACGAGCCUUGGCACGGGCAGCGGGUCGACGAUGGCCGGCGGCGCGAGCGACGGCCCAGGGCACAGGUGCAGGGGCGAGGCUACCAGCAGCAGCGGCAGCGAGAGGAGGGGCCCUGCGCGGCGGCUGCCCCAGAGCCGCCGCCGACCUGUGGAG